GCGACUUCAUGUGUCGAGCCGUGAAGUUCAUGCAAACUUUCUCCAUGACGGCCAGCAAUUAUAUGCUCGUUGUCAUAGCAAUUGACCGUCACCAAGCUAUAAUUUCCCCUUUAAAAGAGUCGUACUCGGUUUGUAAACUGGCCGGAUUAGGCUGGGGGACGGCGGUUUUAUUAUCCUUACCAGUGGUUGGCAUUUUUCACACUUCCGAAGACACCAACGGAUUCGUAAAGUGCGAGAAUAUAUUUCGUGGACGACCACAAUUUCAUCGUCAAAUAUGGAUGACGUGGGUUGCGUUUGCGGUUUUCUUUGCGCCGCUUGUUUUGCUGACAGUGUGUUAUACGCGAAUAUUUAUGAAAAUUUCGAAGAAAGCCUUUCAACAUAACAGUGUCAAAUACAUCCCAAGAAAAGAUAAGGUUUGUCUUCAAAGCACCCAUUCAAAUUCAUUAUCCAAGGCUAAAAUCAAGACUUUAAAAAUGACAUGUGUAAUAAUCGCGUCUUUCAUAUUGUGCACGACACCAUACUUCAUUGUCGAAAUGAUAAUGUCCUAUGGAAACCAUUGUACCAUUUCGAAAAAACUGUACGCAAUUCUCGGCGGAAUGGCUGCCUGCAAUUCGGCAACGAAUCCGUAUGUCUUCCUUGCGUUCAACCUGAAAGGAGGGAUGUUCAAAUGCUUUAAACAGUGCUUAAAUAAACCAAGCCGCGAUGGUAUAUUGCAGUCAAGUCACACAGGUUCCACUGGGGCAAAUCCACAGCACUGUGUUUCUCCAGCCAGUACGAGUAAAUACGUUCUGAGAAGACAGGACUCAGUAGGGAGUCAUGAGGAAUUGACGUUAUUAAAGGAAGGAAGCAUCAGAGGAGAUGUGUAAUCCGAAUAUGUCAUUGUUGUGUUUUUGUCCGAGAAUGUUCUAUUAUAGGGUGAUUUUUUUAGUUGAAUGAACUGAGCAAUAUAUACAAUUUUUGAAAUGAACUGUUAUAUGCAUGCUUUGAAAUAGGGUAUUUGAGUUUUAAGGCAAUUUGUCAAGAAAUAUAUGUUUGAUAUCAGAGCGAAAACUUCGAAGUGAG